AUGGAAAAUCUUGUGAUCUGUGUGCUAUUAUGUCUACCAGCUUGUUUGGCUUACCCACUGAACAAGACAGUGAAGAAAGAACCAAACAUUGACCUUGUCCAGAAAUACCUUGAAAAUGACCAUGAUCUUGGAAAUGAUGUGAAAGAAUUUGUGAGAAGAAAUGGCAGCAGUGCUGUGGUUAAAAAAACACAAGAAAUCCAGAGGUCCCCAGGGUUGAAGGUGAUGGAGAAGUGGGACUCUGACACCCUACAAGUAAUGCAUAAGACCAUAUGUGGAGUUCCAAAUGUUAGUCCCAUCUCUAGAUAUCCAGGCUUACGCAAGUGGAGGAAAACUAAUCUUACUUACAGAAUUGUGAACUACAUACCAAAGCUAUCAAGAAAUGCUACUGACUUUGCCAUUGAGAAAGCUCUGAAACUCUGGGAGGUGGCAACUCCUCUCAUGUUCUCUAGGCUUUAUGAUGGAGAGGCUGACAUAAUGAUCUCUUUUAUGAGUAGAGAUCAUAAAGACUAUGGAUUUUUUGACAUACCUGCAUUUGCUCUGGCUCAUGCCUUUUCACCUGGACCAGGGUUACGUGGAGACAUUCAUUUCUAUGAUGACAUACAAUGGACAGAGGAUUAUUCAGGGACCAAUUUUCUCUUGGUGGCUGCUCAUGAAGUUGGUCAUGCCCUCGGUCUCUUUCAUUCAAACGACCCUGACGCUUUGAUGUACACAUUCUACAAGAAACCCACAGACCCAUCCCUGUUAUGCCUUUCUCAAGAUGACGUGAAUAACAUUCAAUCCCUCUAUGGACCUCCACCUUCCUCCACUGAUAACACCACUGCACCCACGGAAUCCAUUCCUACACAAUCUCAGCCACCAGCCAAGUGUGAUCCUGACUUGUCAUUUGAUGCAGUCACUGCGAUGAGAGGAGAAAUUAUCUUCUUUAAAGACAAAUAUUUUUGGCAAAAAAACCACAGUGUUCCUGCACCUAUAUUGUAUUCUAUUUCCUCACAUUGGCCCUCUCUUCCAUCAAAGUUGGAUGCUGCAUAUGAGGCUCAUGCCAAGGAUACUGUCUUUGUAUUCAAAGGAAAUCAGUUCUGGGCCAUGAAACUCCUGGAGAUGCAAGCAGAUUAUCCAAGAAGCAUCUACACACUGGGCUUUCCUCCAACCGUCCAGAAAAUUGAUGCAGCUUUUUCUGAUAAGGAUAACAGGAAAACCUACUUUUUCAUAAAGGAGAAAUACUGGAGAUUUGAUGAGGAUAGCCAGUCCAUGGAUCAAGGUUUCCCCAGACUAAUAACUGAGGACUUUCCAGGAGUUGAGCAAAAGAUUGAUGCUGUAUUUCAAAAUUCUGGAUUGUUUUAUUUCUUCAGUGGACCAUCACAGAUUGAGUUUGACCCCAAUGCCAAGAUGGUGACAAAACGUGUGAGGGGUAACAGCUGGUUAGCAAGUAAGAGUGAUAACCUGUUUCUUGCUCAGACUGAGGAUUAUGUCCAUAUAAGAAUUCAACAGAGAAAUGGUAGGAAGGUCAUUACAACUGUCCAAGGAAUUGCUGAUGAUUACAAUAAAAAGAAACUAGGGAAGGUGUUCAGGAAGAACCGUCCCUGCAAUGGUCCUGUCCUUGAUCAUCCAGAAUAUGGAGAAGUAAUUCAGCUACAGGGUGACCGGCACAAGAACACACGCCAGUUCUUUGUAGAGACUGGACUGGCAAAGGAUGACCAGCUUUUCAUGGCUUUUAAGGGCUUGUGGCUCUUCGAAGCUUAA